AGGACCGCGCGGAUGACGCCCUGGCGCCUUGCACUGUCUACGGAGAAAGCUGCGGCCUGAGUCACGGGCCCCGCCCUCUGGAGCCGGACGCAGCGGGAGGCCCGGGAGUAGCAGACCACAGACAACCCGACCGCCGGACGUGAGCCAGUCGCAGUCAUGUUCCUGGUUAACUCGUUCUUGAAAGGCGGAGGCGGCGGCGGCGGAGGAGGAGGCGGGGGCCUAGGUGGGGGCCUGGGGAAUGUGCUCGGAGGCCUGAUCAGCGGCGCAGGGGGCGGCGGAGGAGGAGGUGGAGGAGGAGGUGGAGGCGGUGGAACUGCCAUGCGCAUCUUGGGCGGAGUCAUUAGUGCUAUCAGCGAGGCGGCUGCACAGUACAACCCCGAGCCUCCGCCCCCGCGCACCCAUUACUCCAACAUUGAGGCCAACGAGAGUGAGGAGGUCCGGCAGUUCCGGAAACUCUUUGCCCAACUGGCUGGAGAUGAUAUGGAGGUCAGUGCCACGGAACUCAUGAACAUUCUCAACAAGAUCGUGACCCGCCACCCUGAUUUGAAAACUGAUGGUUUUGGCAUUGACACAUGUCGAAGCAUGGUGGCUGUGAUGGAUAGUGACACCACAGGCAAGCUGGGCUUCGAGGAAUUUAAGUAUCUGUGGAACAACAUAAAAAAGUGGCAGGCCAUAUACAAACAGUUUGACUUUGACAGAUCAGGGACCAUCUGCAGCUCUGAACUCCCAGGGGCCUUUGAGGCAGCAGGAUUCCGCCUGAAUGAUCAUCUCUACAACAUGAUCAUCCGGCGCUACUCUGAUGAGGAAGGAAACAUGGAUUUUGACAACUUCAUCAGCUGCUUGGUCAGGCUGGAUGCCAUGUUCCGUGCCUUCAAAUCUCUUGACAGAGAUGGCACUGGACAAAUCCAGGUGAACAUCCAGGAGUGGCUACAGCUGACUAUGUAUUCCUGAAUGGCAAUCCCAGACCUGUCCCCUCACUGCCUCGCCAUCGGAGCCACCACAGAUCCUGGGUUUCUCCCAAGGCCCAGCCUGUUUGCAGUCACUUCUUCAUAGGUCCUGCUACCCACAGACCUUUCCUUCACCCAGUCCUUGAAACCCAGUUUCUUAGGCAAUAACCAGGGCCCAUCAUGCCCCAACAUGCCAUACCCUGAGUGUUACCCCAGCUCUAAGACAUUCUAGUAUGUUCUGCCCAAGGGUCGCCCCACCCCUACCACACCCAUCUCACACACUCUCCAUUACCUCUUUCCUAUAUCUGUGCCAAGCCAAAUACUCAAGUGGCUUCCAUGCCCCAAGGCCCUGUCUCAGUUCUGAGAAGAUCACUCCAAUUCCCACACACCCUGGCACACUCAUUCAAAUUACCACCCAAGCAGCCAAAUAAACUCCAGGCCAUUGCAGGCCUGCACACCCCAGUGCCUUUGCCUGUACUCUGCUUACAGCCUGCUAGGCCCAGGAGGAAAUAAAUGUAUCUCAGUUGCUGCUCCCUA